CGUUUCUUCCCAUAAUUUCCCCCCUCGUGCUUUGAUCGUUGCAUAGUUGAUGAUGCUACUGUUAUUGUCCUCCAUGAUGUAUGAAGCGUACAAACGAAGCAGCUACUGUAGAACAGUGAUCAUCAUGGUAUAUCGAGAUGGAGCGCGAACCCGCUCACGUGAUCUCGAAAGGCCGCGGGGAUUCUGGAAGGCGGUGGAAGACACUCGUGUCGUCAUCCGCCUUCUCGAGUCUUUUCUACGCUGCCCAAUCUUGCCUAUAUCUUGCUGUCUCGUCCUCCAUCCUGGUCAAUCUGCAGACUCUUUAUCGAAGAAAUACUUUACAACCUUACACAUCAAAACUAUUCCAUAAUCACACAUCUCACACAACAGACUUGAGCACAAAAUCACUCCUCGUGAAUUCCACAAUCGUCGUUUCAUCAUGAACGGCGCUCAGUUCACUGAUAGAGCCAACAAGGCUCUGCUGGACUCCAGUGGUCUGGCCGAGCAAUACUCUCAUUCUCAGAUUCUCCCGAUCCAUCUGGCAGUGGCAUUACUAGACCCAUCGCCCGACGAGUCGAAAGAUCAACAAACCACAGUCCAUUCCUCUCACGAGUCCGCCAGCGCCUCCCUCUUCCGUCAGGUCAUUGAGCGUGCCCAUGGGGACCCCCAACUCCUGGAACGGGCGCUGAUGAAGCAGCUCGUCCGUUUCCCCAGCCAAGAUCCUCCCCCCGAAACCGUCGGGGUGUCGCCCGCCCUCGCCAAGGUCCUACGAUCGGCUACGGAGUUGUCCAAAACCCAGAAGGAUAGCUACGUGGCCGUAGACCACCUCAUCUUGGCGACCGCCCAGGACUCGCAGGUCCAGCGAUGCUUGGCCGACUCGAAUAUCCCGAACGUGAAACUCAUCGAAAACGCGGUCCAACAGAUCCGUGGCACAAAACGGGUGGACUCGAAGACGGCGGACUCGGAGGCCGAAAAUGAGAAUCUGAAAAAGUUCACAAUUGACAUGACGUCGUUGGCCCGCGAGGGUAAGAUCGAUCCCGUCAUCGGUCGUGAGGAGGAGAUCCGGCGGGUCAUCCGAAUUCUUAGCCGUCGGACAAAGAACAACCCCGUCCUCAUCGGCGAACCGGGUGUCGGAAAGACGACCAUCGUCGAAGGGCUGGCCCGUCGCAUGGUGAACGCCGACGUCCCGGCCAACCUGGCACAAUGCAAACUCCUCUCCCUGGACGUCGGAUCGCUGGUCGCGGGCAGCAAAUACCGCGGUGAAUUCGAAGAGCGCAUGAAGGGCGUCCUCAAGGAAAUUGAGGACUCCAAGGACAUGAUCGUUCUCUUCGUCGAUGAGAUUCACCUCCUCAUGGGCGCCGGUACCACCGGUGAGGGCGGCAUGGAUGCCGCGAACCUGCUGAAGCCCAUGCUCGCGCGAGGUCAGCUGCACUGUAUCGGUGCAACCACCUUGGGCGAAUAUCGCAAGUACAUUGAGAAGGACCAGGCCUUCGAGCGCCGCUUCCAACAGGUUCUCGUCAAAGAGCCCACCGUGUCUGAGACGGUCUCGAUUCUCCGUGGUUUGAAAGAGCGAUACGAAGUGCACCACGGUGUGAACAUCCUCGACUCCGCCAUCGUCGCGGCAGCCACGUUGGCGGCGCGAUAUCUCACGGCCCGUCGACUUCCCGAUUCCGCCGUCGAUCUGAUCGACGAGGCCGCGGCCGCCGUGCGGGUCACCCGCGAGUCCGAGCCCGAGGCUCUGGACACCCUGGAACGAAGACUGCGCCAGCUUCAGAUCGAAAUUCACGCGCUCGAGCGCGAAAAGGACGAUGCCUCCAAGGCUCGUUUGGAGGCGGCCAAGCAGGAAGCCGCCAAUGUCUCCGAGGAGCUACGCCCCAUGCGGGAGAAGUACGAGAGCGAGAAGAGCCGCAGCCGGUCCAUCCAAGACGCCAAGAUCAAGCUUGACAGCCUGAAGGUCAAGCGCGACGAGGCCGAGCGGUCCGGCGACACCGUAACGGCCGCCGACAUCGGGUACUACGCCAUCCCCGAGACCAAGACCCUCAUCGAGCGGCUGGAAGCCGACCGUGCCAAGGCGGAUGCCGAGAACCGGGCGCGGGCGGGCGAGGCAGGCGAGGCCCUGCUCGCCGACGCCGUCGGUCCGGAUCAGAUCAACGAGAUCGUGGCCCGGUGGACGGGCAUCCCGGUCACCCGGCUGAAGACCACUGAGAAGGACAAGCUGUUGAACAUGGAGCGGUAUCUGGCGAAGCAGGUCGUGGGCCAGAAGGAAGCCGUCACGUCGGUGUCGAACGCCAUCCGUCUCCAGCGAUCGGGAUUGAGCAAUCCGAACUCGCCGCCCAGCUUCCUGUUCUGCGGCCCGUCAGGUACGGGUAAGACCCUGCUCACCAAGGCCCUGGCGGAGUUCCUCUUCGACGACCCCAAGGCGAUGAUCCGGUUCGACAUGUCGGAAUAUCAAGAACGCCACUCCCUCAGCCGGAUGAUCGGCGCGCCUCCCGGCUACGUGGGUCAUGACGCGGGCGGCCAACUCACCGAGAGCCUUCGCCGCCGGCCCUUCUCGAUCCUGCUUUUCGACGAGGUCGAGAAGGCCGCCAAGGAGGUGCUCACCGUCCUGCUGCAGCUCAUGGACGACGGGCGCAUCACCGACGGCCAGGGGCGCAUCGUCGACGCGCGCAACUGCAUCGUGGUCAUGACGUCCAACCUAGGCGCCGAAUACCUCGCGCGCCCGACAACCAAGACAGGCCAGAUCGACCCGCAGACGCGUGAGCUCGUCAUGGGUGCCCUGCGCGACUACUUCCUGCCAGAAUUCCUCAACCGUAUCUCCAGUACCAUCGUGUUCAACCGUCUGACGAAGCGUGAAAUCCGCAAGAUCGUCGACCUGCGCCUCAGCGAGGUGCAGCACCGGCUGGACGAGAACGGACGCAAGGUGCAGAUCAAGUGCACCGAGGAGGUCAAGGAUUACCUUGGCGAGGCGGGAUACUCGCCUGCCUACGGUGCCCGGCCGCUGGCGCGGAUCAUCGAGCGCGAGGUGCUCAACCGGCUGGCGGUGCUCAUCCUGCGCGGGAACAUCCGCGAAAACGAGGAUGCGCAGGUCAUCAUGCGCGAUGGACAUAUCGAUGUGCUGCCGAACCACGACGUGCAGGUCGAAGACCAGGAUAUGCUAGACGAUGAGGAUGACGCGCUGGCGGAGAUGGAGGAUGAGGGAGGAGAUAUGGAUCUUUAUGAAUAGUGGAUUGCGGUAUGAUUAUGAUUCAUGAUUGAUGGGCGUUUCUUUGUCUUUUCUGGUUUUCUUUUCUUUUAAUCUUCCCUGUUGUACAUUUUUCUCUCUGUUGUUUGAAUUUUUGAGACUGCAGAUGUACGUUCGGCAUGACGCGAGCCUUGUUCAUACUUCCUCAAAUGUACACAUACAGCUAGAUUGACUGAAAAUAUUCAUUUAAUUUUACCUGA